AUGCCACGAUCAAGAGGCGGCGCAGCUCCAGCUCGCAGUGCUCCUACCCGACCACAAGCUGCACCUCCAGCGCGAUCAUCAGCUCCUCAGCAGCAACAGCGUCCCAUGUCGACCGCACCUGCUCAGCAGGCUCCUCCUCAAGCUCAACAAAGCUCAGGUCUAUUCGGCCAGAUGGCAAGCACCGCAGCUGGUGUUGCAGUAGGCUCCUCAAUAGGCCACGCCAUCGGCGGUUUCUUUGGCGGUGGUUCGUCUGCAGCUCCUGCCGAGCAACAGCCAACCCAACAGCCUAUCGACAACUACGCUCCAGCUGGCCAGUACAGCGCUCAGCAAGCUGGUGGUCAAGACAUCCCUGACGCCUGCUCGGUAGACCUUAAGAACUUCACGAGCUGUAUGAAUCAGAACCGUGGUAGCAUGGAUAUCUGCGGGUGGUACUUUGAGCAAUUGAAGGCUUGCAAGCGGGCUGCUUCGGAGUAUUAG